UGGAGAGACUCCAUCCCUGUGGAGAUGAUGGCGAUGGACGACGGCGAAGAGCGCGGACGUGCGCUGUUGACACCGCUUGAGUGGGCAGCCGUGGCGGUGGCCGUGUCAACCGUUGUUCUUCGUUGUCAGCAGGAGAGGGCGCUGGGACAAAUGAAGGAGAAGUUGUGCGCGCAUAGAAGAAGGAUGCUGAUGCAAGCUGCGAAUAUAGGCCCUGACUACGUGGAAACUUCGGAGGCGGUCAUUGAGCUGUGCUACACGUUGGGUUGCGGCAUCGUUCCACAAGCAACACCGAGGUGGCGGAUCAAACGCAGGACGGGGGGGAUGUGGGAAGACCUUCGACAAUGCGACGGCGCCACGGAUGACUACUUCAACGAGAAGCAGCACAGCGCCGGGGAGCAGCAGAGGGACCACCAGAAGCAGCACUGCAACGUGGAGCAGCAGAGGGAGCCUGCGGUGCAGGUUGGCCAUGAACUGCACGGUGCAGAGGGCAGCAAUGCCAUGUCUGUUGUCGGACAUCUAGCACACGGCGGUGGAGAAGGCAAGAGUCUUGUCGCUGCAGCACGUGACGACACGCGUGGGAAUACGACGCUCGUGAAGAAACCUCUUCCGUGGACGGACUGAAGGCGCCGCCAGGAAAAAAUAUUUUCCCUACCGUUGCGGACGUUCCUCGAGCGCGGGAGACUGCAUAAUGCCUGCAUAAAACAACGAC